AUGAAGAGAGGGGGUGGGCAAGUCCAACAUGGCAUGGCGAAGAGCUAUCCCAUUAUCUCAGCUAUGUGGAAUACGCAGCAUAGGUCGCGCUUUCUCAAUCGCCUCAGCUCAGCCCCAACCCCCAAACUCCCAAGCAAGCCCACCACCACCAACUGUUUCAAAUCCAAAGACAAGCCUAAAAGGCUGAGGUCUUCUUCCGGCGUAGUAUCGGAUUAUAGAGCGAUGAGUUGGAGAGCGGUGUAUACGAAGCCUACUCUAAAAUUGUCUGGCUUUUCAGCAACCGACAUUUUGGACUAUUUGGAUAGUGAUCGUUAUUAUGAAGCUGAUGAUCAAGAAUACAAAUUCAACUGUGAAAAUGCAUGA